AUGUUGACGUCCUCAUCCUCCGACUCCUCUUCCUGUUCCAACAGUCCCAUCUCGCAACAUCCUCACCCGCAGGCAUACUUCCCAUCUCUCCCUCGUCGGAGGGAGCCUGUAAAAUGCCCUCGCUACUACUCAACUCCAUUACGGUCUGAUUCCCCCGAAUCGACCCCUCUUCAAAUGUACGGCCUGGAACAGCGGGAACCGUCGCUUUACGGGGACAGACCCUCCACGCUCUUGCGUCGAUUCUCCCACGCCCUCGACGACAUCAAAGAAGACUUCUCCCUCCAGCUGGACCCACGGAACACCACCGAGAAAAUCCGCAGCAAGCGGCGUCAGUCCACCCUGAUGCUGGACACCAGCGCCCCGGGUUCCCGCGCUGGCUCGCUCUCGGGAUCGGAGAGUGUAGCCGAAGUCCCGCGUGCCCGGCCCAUGUCGAUGAUGUCGACCGACAACAGCUUCAUUCCGCCGACGAGGAGAUUGAGUCGGAGACUGACAUUGCUGGGUUUCCGGAAGAACCGGCUUCGCGGCGGCCAGGCAGCGAGUAUCUCGCAGCCGAAUCUGAUCGGAUCCUCGACUCAGAUGUAA